AUGCGGAUGAGCGUAUUUCAUGCCACCCUUGCCAUAGCAACUCAAAAUGUGCCAUUACAACCCAUUGACAAGCCCUCUCAGGACGAGUGGGGUAAUGCGAUCGAUUCUCUGGUUGCAGCAUUGGAGUUGGAGAAGACUGUCAACCAGGCAAGUGAUGAAUGCAUCAGCAGUGCCUCGCUGAUAUGUGGAAGGUGUUGGGGUGUUCACGCGCGUUGGACCUAUAUGAAGAAAGAAUUAUCUCCCACGCUUGUGCUUCCCGCGUCCCAAGAUGAAGUCGAAGCCCAGAAGGAGCUCGGUGACUUGAUAACUCAACUCAAACGAGCUGGACCCGGGCUGGGCGAGUGGCAAUUCGACCAGAUGUUGCUGCACAAAGACUGA